AGGUUGACCUGCAGAGGACCUAAACAUUCCGCAACUCAAAGCAGACUUACAAUGGCAUCCCGAUCAUUGCUGCUAACAUGGACACCACCAGGACUUUUGAGAUGGCACUGGUGCUCAGCAAGCACACUCUCUUCACAGCCAUCCAGAAACACUACUCCCUGGAGGAGUGGAAGGCUUUUGCAGCCAGUCAUCCAGAGUGCCUUGAGCAUGUGGCGGCCAGCUCGGGCAGUGGAGCGGCGGAUCUGGAGAAACUGUGCAGUAUCCUGGUGGCCAUUCCUCUCAUCCAGUACAUCUGCCUGGACGUGGCCAAUGGCUACUCUGAACACUUUGUGGAGUUUGUAAAAAGGGUUCGGGAAAGGUUUCCAAAGCACACCAUCAUGGCAGGAAAUGUGGUGACGGGGGAGAUGGUGGAGGAGCUCAUUCUUUCUGGAGCUGAUAUCAUUAAAGUGGGCAUUGGGCCAGGUUCUGUAUGCACCACACGCAUUAAGACCGGUGUGGGAUAUCCUCAGCUGAGCACUGUUAUCGAGUGUGCUGACUCGGCCCAUGGACUGAAGGGACACAUCAUCUCUGACGGAGGCUGCAGUUGCCCUGGAGAUGUUGCUAAAGCUUUUGGUGCUGGGGCAGAUUUUGUCAUGUCGGGGGGAAUGUUGGCAGGACAUGAUCAAUGUGCUGGUGAAAUCAUUGAGAAAGAUGGCAAAAAGUUGAAGCUAUUUUAUGGGAUGAGUUCAGACACUGCCAUGAAGAAGAAUGUCGGAGGGGUAGCGGAGUACAGGGCAUCAGAGGGCAGGACGGUCCAGGUGCCCUACAAAGGUGACGUGGAGAACACCAUCAGGGACAUCUUGGGUGGCCUGCGGUCCACCUGCAUAUAUGUUGGAGCUGCCAAACUCAAAGAACUGAGCCGCAGGACGACCUUCAUCAGAGUCACACAGCAGUCUAGCCAAAUGCUCACUUACCUGUGCACACUAAAAACGUGUACGCUCACAAAUACAGAUUCACCAGUAAAGGACUAGUUGAGCUGAAAAUGAUAAUUGUCCUUGUUCUGUGAAUUUGGACGCACUGUCCCUUUAAAUGGCAGAUGCAUUCAUAAACAUAUUUCCCUCUGGCUUUUUCAGUUUUCUGUGCUCAUUAGAUUCAUGAAUCUACAGUAUCUUAUUCAUUCUGUAACUCUUACACUCUUACAGACAGACCCAUAGAUAUUGUUUCACUCAGGAACCUUGCUGAACCCCAAUACAUUGCCUUGGAAAACCAAUUAUGUUGCAGCAUGCUCAGUUUUAUUCAUUUCAAGUUCUCUAAAGUAUGCAGUGGGUCUGCAUCUGUAUGAUGCAGAGGAUGAAUAAGAAAACAUCAAAUCUCUUGACAGGACAAUACUGGGGCGAAUUCAUUCUUUGCAGCUGCAAUCCAUUCUCUCCCUAGAGUGUAACUAUCAGCAUGACAGUUUGAGAGAAAGAAAUGCAUGUUGGUGGAGAAUUUACACACCAGCAGAGAAAAUUCUCUGCCACAUUAAGAUCUAGUCCCAUGUGUGUUGUAACUUUGAGUUGAUUUGAGCAGCGAGUGGUGCAGUUUGUACUGUUGUGAACAAUUUCUGCUGGCCUGCUUCCUUUGUGAUUGUACAGAGGGUGUGGUGGGAUGUCAUAUCAGACCAGAGGAAUGUGAAAACUACUGCACCUCAUUUCUUCAACAUGACUUGUGCAGUUUAAAUGAAGUAGAAAAUACUUUAUUAAAUGUAUUACGAGUAAAAAAAUUACAUAUGGAGGAAUAAACAUCUGAACAAGAAAUGUUGUUGUUUUAUGCCUUAAAUAUCUUCUCUUGUUUUGCCAAUUAUGUGAUCAAAUAUGUUAUUUUACAAUGAUGACUGACUGACUAUAUGUGAUUGUAUAUUAUACUAAGAAAAAUU